AUGGUCUGGCACUCCGCUGCCCGCGUUUUCGCGGGCCUUGCGGGUGUUUCGGGCGCGGAGGCGGAGGAGCCCGCUCUGGAGCUGCUGGCCAGAUGGCAGCACGAGUGGCGUGUGACUGCCGAGCUGGAGGCCCAGCAUGCGCUGGAGACUGGGGUCGCCAACUCCAUGGAAAGCGGGGAGAUCGAUCCCGGGAGGGCCGGCGCCUUCCUGGAUUGCGACAACGGGGACCUUUUCUGGCAGCGGUUCCGGGACGCCUUCAGCCGGACGGGGCCCUUGUCCCCGGAGACAGGAUCCAUGGCCUACGUCAAGUGGAAGGCCUGGGAGGACUUUGUCGACGGCAUGGAGGAGGCCGGCGGGUUCGACGGCCGCGUGGUGGUGCCGCUGGCGGGGGAGUGGCACGCGGACGGCUCCGGGUACUUCACUCAGGUCCGGGAGAAGCGCGAUUGGGUGACGGCCCUUCAGAAGUCUCAGUGGCAAGCCGUCUUCGGAAAGCCGCCUGCAUGGUCCUCGGACAACUUGGUGGGCUUCAUGCAGUGCCCGGUGGGCUUCGCGCUGGUGCAGUACGUGAUCUUCUUGGUGCACAAGAUGCGGUCCAACCUGCCAGAGGAUGCCGCAAGGCUGAACCUGGAGAGCAUGCUCUUCGCCUUUGUGAGUAUUCUGGACUCGCACUUCGAUCAUUCGGAGUCUUCCAACUGGAACGUCUCCUCAUUUGACCUGGCGGUGAACUUGAAUUUGGAAGAUCCCAAGUUCUACCCGCGCUACGCGGACUUCAUCGCGGAUCAUGCCCCUCCCGAGCUGCGGCUCAGAUCCUGGCAGGAAGACUGGCCUGGUCAUCGCAUGGUGCAGAGUCGGCGCCUGGAGGAAAGAAUCCUCCGUACCGCCUUGGUCGGGGAGCACGGCCCGAGCAAUCUGGACAACCUGGCGUCGGCUUCCGCAGCGGUGAGCUCGAGCGGAGUGAGAUUGGAGGCCGGGCAUUUCUUCACCUACAUGUGGCAGCUGCGUGGACUCGCCGACUCUGGGUCCCUGCGGUCAUCCCUGCGCAUCACUUGGGACGCCUUCUGGGGUCAGCCGCUCACCGAAUCCGCGGGCCGCGACAAGAGCGCCCAGCCGUCAUGGACGAUCUCAGGAGCAGUUUGGGCUCUGAGGGAGUUUGCAAGGAGAGAUGUCUUUCUGAGAUCUUCGGAUCUGGUGAUUUGCAGCGAGCCUUUGUGGCUCUGUGUCUUGCUCCACUCUGCCUUGGAAGCCCGGCAACGGAUUCAGCUCACGCGCGCCAGCGCGGCGGGACGAGUCAUGUGCUUGCUGGUGGACUUCGAUCAAGUCUUCGGGCUUCAAGAGGUCGACGCCUUUUGGGAGCUGGUUCCAGCCUUCAAACAGACGGAGUUGCUGAGCGCAACUUCCCGCAUCACUGCGGAGAUGCUUGACUGGCAGGCCGGCAUCAGAGCGCCGUAUGUGCCUUGUCUCUCUCUACACAUCGACACCCGCUACCAGCCAAGCAAGCCCAAGCUGCUCUUUUUUCGGUCCUCGCUGCCGGGUGGUGCCCCCUUCUUGCGCGUGCUGCGCCUGAUCGAGGCCGAGAUGCGACAGCAGCUCGUGGACAUCAUGAUGAAGCCAAUGAGCUUUGCUGAGAUCGCCUCCUUCCGCGCGGUGGCCAUGCUGCCGCACAUCCCCAACGCCCUGCGCUUGGCGGAUGUCUACGCCAUGGCAGUGCCUUUGUUUCUGCCCUCCGAACCGCUGAUCCACAAGUUCGUCUGGCCAGACGACCCGCUGCCUUUGCUGAGCAAGGCUCGCCCUCCGCGAAUGGCCGAGCCAAAGCCAUCGGCCGGGUCGAGUCGCCCCUCGCCGCUGGACUUUCAAAUCGCGGGGAGGCGCUUCUAUCAGUUCCGAUGGGAGCGGCACUACUGGCUGCAGUACACCGAGUGGUGGCUCCGGCCUCACUUGCUGCAUUUCUCCAGCGCGCGGGACCUUCUGGAGAAGGCCACGAUCUCUGAUGAGGCCUUACUGCGCAUCAGCGAUGCAAUGCGCAGUCACCAGGCUCAGCUGCAGAUGGAUGCGCUGGACUACUGGCAGACCGCUCUGGCGGCCGCGCUGGGCUAA